GCGAGUUGGACCCCCUGCCCCCUUCCUGGCUUUAGGACCGUUAAUUUAACCAUGGCCUCCUUCAGAGCACUCAUGAAGUUCUGCCGAAAUCCGCAAGCGCAACAGCAGGUGUGCAGACUUCACUUGUCAUCAAGGAGACAGGAAGCGGUGGUGAUCUCUGGCAGGAAGAUGGCGCGGCAGAUCCGGAACGAGGCCCAGGUGGAGGUGGAGGAGUGGGUUUCCGUGGGAAACCGGCGCCCCCACCUCAGCGUGGUCCUGGUCGGGGACAACCCGGCCAGCCACUCCUACGUCCUCAACAAGACCCGCGCUGCUGCCGCCAUCGGCAUCAGCAGCGAGACCAUCCUGAAGCCUUCCAGCACCUCCGAGAACGAGCUCAUGGACCUGAUCCUCAAACUCAACUCUGAUGACAAGGUGGACGGGCUGCUGGUGCAGCUGCCACUGCCAGAUCACAUAGACGAGCGGCGUGUGUGCAACGCCGUGAUCCCGCAGAAGGACGUGGACGGGUUCCACGUGGUCAACGUGGGCCGCAUGUGCCUGGACCUGUCUGCCAUGCUGCCUGCCACCCCCUGGGGCGUCUGGGAGAUCCUCAAACGCACAGGUAUUCCCACGCUGGGGAGGAACGUGGUGGUGGCGGGCCGGUCCAAGAACGUGGGCAUGCCGAUCGCCAUGCUGCUUCACACCGACGGGCGGCACGAGAGGCCAGGGGGUGAUGCCACUGUCACCAUCUCUCACCGCUGCACCCCCAAAGACCAGCUCCGACAACACACCAAGAUCGCUGACAUCAUCAUCGCCGCUGCCGGGAUCCCCAACCUGAUAACAGCGGACAUGAUUAAGGAAGGGGCGGCUGUCAUCGACGUGGGGAUUAACAGGGUGCAGGACCCUGUGACGGGCAGAGACAGGCUGGUGGGCGAUGUGGACUUUGAAGGAGUGCGUCAGAAAGCCAGCUUCAUCACGCCUGUGCCGGGUGGGGUGGGGCCCAUGACCGUGGCCAUGCUGAUGAAGAACACCAUCAAGGCUGCGAGGAACCAGCUCCUUCAGCGGUCAGCGAAGGAACGAGUGCACCUGUCUCUGCUCUCAUAACCACCCCCCCACCCAAACGCUCCCAAACAUUCCGCAACCUUUUUACUGAUGGGUCCGUCCCUGCUCGGUGCCACACCUCCACAACGUGCAAUAUACUGCCAAUCGGCAGACCCGAGGACUUGAAUUUCAUCACUAGCUCAUUUAGCUACGGUUUCAGCCAACAGUACUGUAAGCUAGUGAUGUAACACUUUUUACUGGUGCUGUUUCAGCCAACAGAACUGUAAGCUAGUGAUGUAACACUUUUUACUGGUGCUGUUUCAGCCAACAGAACUGUAAGCUAGUGAUGUAACACUUUUUACUGGUGCUGUUUCAGCCAACAGAACUGUAAGCUAGUGAUGUAACACUUUUUACUGGUGCUGUUUCAGCCAACAGAACUGUAAGCUAGUGAUGUAACACUUUUUACUGGUGCUGUUUCAGCCAACAGAACUGUAAGCUAGUGAUGUAACACUUUUUACUGGUGCUGUUUCAGCCAACAGUACUGUAAGCUAGUGAUGUAACACUUUUUACUGGUGCUGUUUCAGCCAACAGUACUGUAAGCUAGUGAUGUAACACUUUUUACUGGUGCUGUUUCAGCUCAUUCACACAUGUAAGAUGAGUCUGUUGUCUGUGAAGGCAUUAAGGGCGGUUAGUGUUGAAAGAGGAGCUCAGUGAAGAUUAAGAUUACUGGGCAAAACACCCUUUCAGCAAACAAUCGGUCCGGUGCCCUCCAUAGAUUAGUGAAAUGGUUCAUUGGAUCUAUUUUCCGAGCGUUUCUUGCAGAGAUUUUGUACUAUGUUGUAAUAUGAGUAUAGUUUAUUUUUAACAUA